UAGGUACCAUUCGUUGAGAAGUCCUCAAUCACAAUCUUGCUCAAAAAGCCCGUGCAACUCGCAGAAUAGCCCAGCUGUUGUGAAUGGCAUUUUGACAUGAUGUCUGCUGGGAGGUGCGCGCAAGUAAAUGGUACGCUUCAUUCGUCUUAAACCAUCAAUAUGCUUGCCGCCGUCAUCUCUGGAACGCCGCCACGGUCGCCGGGAGAAACUACGCAAUGGACACAAUGAGCAAGGAGAUAGCGAGAGUGCGCGUUGCAAACGAGUGGGCAACGCCACCUUGGCUCGUCUUGCGACCGUUUCGGAUCAGACUGAGAACACUGCAGAUUCUGUCGCGGCAGCAGCAGCGUCUGCCAUUCACAUUGGAAUAUACGUGCGCAAUGCCAUACAUGCUCACGAUCGAAAGCGUCAAGACUACCUUAUCAAGGACUUCUACCGGCACCGACGAGAAGUGGGAAGGUACUGCCGUCGACAUCGUUGUCGACUUACUCUGUCGUGCAUAUGUGACAGUCGGAGUAGCUGCCAACAAAACUGUUCCGUGUCUAGAGGUAAAAACGUGAAUUCCGGGCCCGGGAUGCGUUAGAUAGCCGGAGUUUGUCGUGGGUUCAAUAAAUCCUCGGAUGCUGGUCA